GUCACGCCUCUUGACCAUGAAGUCCAUCAUUCUGACCUCUUCCUUGAUUGGUCUGGCGGCAGCUGCUCCUAGACCUCAAGACAUCGACUUCGACCUUGCCUUCGCUCUUCCAAACCCGACAUACUCUAAAGCUGCCGGUGUAACUGCUCAAUCUGUGGUCAUCGAUCCAAGCGUUGUCUAUUCGGCGGCGGCUGCCCAGAUCACUGCCACAGAUGCUGACACAGCCGGCAUCCCAACCGCAACUACAGACAUCGCUCAUGUCAAGCGCGCUGCUUGUGCCUCUCUACCUGUUGCAGCUGGCCCUGUCCCUAGUCCCGACACCGUCGCUGCUUUCCUAGCAUAUCCCUCCUUUGCGUCCAUCGCUUCUGCCGCACCGACGCCAAGCGGCUACACUGCCCAAUACGUGAAUCAAGCCGGUUCAAGCAAUGCAUACGGCUAUCUGGGCUUCACUACACUCAAGACAUAGGCAAUAUGGUACAAGUUUUCAAGCGAAUGUGUAUCUGCGGAACACGAACGGCACAGUUGUCGCAAUUCUCUAUGACCCCGGAUACACUGUCCACGAUUCUUAAGGGGAAGCCAUAUGUAGAUGGGAGAUAUCAGAGCGGUGCCACGCAGCCACCAAGAUAGCAAACUGAUAAAUUGUCCUCUCAC